GGGGCUGCAGUAAAGGCUUCACUGUUGUACUUGUUACUUGUUUAUUUGUUACUUGUUACUUCCUCUCAGACCAAUAGUUACAGUGAGACGAGGACACGUGAUUAUUAAAGCUGAAAUUAAUAAGAGGGAGAUGAGGGGGAGAAAUAGUGGAAUGUUCUGCUCGACUACAACUCUCAGCUGCUGCCGGGGGGUCACGUGGGAGGUUUGAGCGGAACUAGAGCAGCUCGGCCUCAUUAUUAUUAUUAUUAUUAUUUGCCGGUAAAGCUCCGACCCCGGUCUCACCGCGACCCCCGCUGGAGGCAGAGACUUGUGUGAGGAGUUUCCAGUCAAUAACUAACGAGUGACGUCAGAGGAGGAGCCGCGCGGAGGCUUGUGGGAGAUGUAGUUACAGAAUAAACCCAGAGAUAUAAAUAUAAAUAUCAGUUGAGUCACACGGGGGGGGUGACAAGUUGCUCUUUCCCCUGUGACAGUUGAUUUGUCAGUGGGACAGUGAGACGUUCCUGUUUUGGGAUUUCCACUCCCCCCUCCGCACACGAGCGACUUGAUUCAGCCCAUUACUUUGUGUAACACGCGACCUGUUAUUCCUCCGCUACUUCCGGGUUCCACCAGUCUCUGCCCGACCUGCAGCUCCGCCGGUUACACUCGCUCCCUCCGUCUCCUCAAUCUCCUCCGUCUCCUCAGUCCCCUCAGCAGAAUCAGCACGAGACUGAGCAAAGCACCGGGGCUCCUUUAAUUCCCACUCACACGUUUCCUCUGAGUCUCCCUCUUUUCUCCAAGAGCAGCGGCAGAAGCGCAGAGAGUCGCACGGGGAGACAGAGCCGAUCAGUCCGGGGGAAGUGAGUGAAAUCCGCUGAAUUCUGCACUUGGACCUCAGGAGCUUCUGCCGGAUCAUCAUCAUCAUCAGAGAAUGUCCCGGUGACUGACAGUUUCCACAAGAAAUGACACUUGUCCCCGUCGCUCUGUCCCCGGCACUUUCCUACUUCUAGGGGACACGACAUUUGCCUCUUUAUUUCGUUUUUUAUUUCUUUAUUUUCUCUCCCACAUCUUUGGGGGAACAAGAAGAAGAAGAAGAAUCAGCAGAUGAGUUUAUAGCGGAUAAUCCUCAUAUAAUAAUAAUCAUCAUCAUCAUCAUCAUGUUGUUACUUCUCUGACACCUCCAGCCGGACCCUUCACUUCUCAUCACAUUUGGGAACUUUAAAGGGAAUUAUUAUUAUUAUUAUUUUUUUUUUGGUGGAAUUGCGAAAUUAAUUCAGUUCCACACUGGCCUUAAAUAGGAAAUAUCUGAAGCUGAAAUAGGAAGGAGUCAGGAGUCAGGAGUCAGGCCAAUGGCUCAGAGGUACGACGAUUUGCCCCACUACGGUGGCAUGGAUGGAGUGGGCUUACCCAGUUCUAUGUACGGCGACCCCCACGCUGCCAGGUCUAUGCAGUCGGUGCACCACCUGAAUCAUGGGCCUCCCCUGCACCCCCACCAGUACCCGCACUCUGCCCACACCAACGCUAUGCCCCCCAGCAUGGGCUCCUCUGUCAAUGACGCUCUAAAGAGAGACAAAGACUCCAUUUAUGGACACCCUCUGUUCCCUCUAUUAGCUCUGAUUUUUGAGAAAUGUGAAUUAGCAACUUGUACUCCCCGGGAGCCUGGGGUCGCCGGCGGUGAUGUUUGCUCGUCCGAGUCAUUCAAUGAAGACAUCGCUGUAUUCUCCAAACAGAUGAUUCAAGCCAUACAAGUAUUACGAUUCCAUCUGCUGGAGUUAGAAAAGGUACACGAACUGUGCGACAAUUUCUGCCAUCGCUACAUCAGUUGUUUGAAAGGCAAAAUGCCCAUUGAUCUGGUGAUCGACGAUCGGGACGGUGGAUCUAAAUCUGACAGUGAGGAUUUGACUCGAUCAGCCGCACUAACCGACCAGCCUUCCUGGAGCAGAGACCACGAUGAUGCAGCUUCGAUACGUUCUGGGGGGACGCCGGGACCUUCUAGUGGAGGCCACACGUCACAUAGUGGGGACAACAGCAGCGAACAAGGUGAUGGUUUGGACAACAGUAUAGCCUCACCGAGCACAGGUGAUGAUGAUGACCCAGACAAGGAAAAAAAACGGCAUAAAAAGCGCGGUAUCUUUCCCAAAGUAGCCACAAAUAUCAUGAGGGCUUGGCUCUUCCAACAUCUAACACACCCGUACCCUUCAGAAGAACAGAAAAAACAGUUGGCACAAGACACGGGUCUAACUAUACUCCAAGUGAACAACUGGUUUAUAAACGCUAGAAGAAGAAUAGUCCAGCCUAUGAUCGACCAGUCCAAUCGAGCAGUAAGUCAAGGAACACCAUACAAUCCAGACGGUCAGCCAAUAGGAGGUUUUGUAAUGGACGGGCAGCAACACAUGGGAAUCAGAGCACCGGGACUGCAAGGUAUGCCAGGAAGUUACAUAUCUCCGAGUGGUCCAAUGGGAAUGAGUAUGGGACAGCCUAGUUAUACAACAUCGCAGAUGCCCCUUCACCACGCGCAAUUGCGACACGGGACUUCUGUGCAUACCUACAUCCCUGGACACCAUCACCACCCAGCAAUGAUGAUGCACGGGGGACCACCACAACCUGGAAUGCCAAUAUCAGCAUCUAGCCCCUCCGUACUUAAUACAGGAGACCCCUCAAUGAGUGGACAUGUCAUGAACAUCCAUGCUCAGUAAUUUAAGGGAAGAUAGGUGGUCUACGGUGACAAAAAAAGGCAAAAACGGUCUUGUGCUUGAACUGUGGAGCUCUGGUCUUGACGUCCAAGAAAAAACCCCAAGAGCUUGCGAGGGACAUGUUAAAAUACAUUGCAGAAAACAGCCUCUGAAAUCAAGAGCGGGACACGAUAAAUACUUAUAUAAGACAUUAAGAGAACAAAGAGUUAAAUAUUGUAAAUGAUAUUAUACUGUUACCAUAUUAUGUUGUUUCUUAUAGAUUUUUUUUUAAAAAAAUGUGAAUUUUUUCCACACUAUGUGUGUUGUUUCCAUAGCUCUUCACUUCCUCCUUACUUAAAGAAAAAGCCUUACAGUUCCCUGCAGAUGACACUCAGUGUUUACUUGCAGGUCAUUUUAGAGCAUUACAAGAAGUAUGUCAGGCAGAAGAUUUUUUUUCUUCGAUCCAAGGAUUUCAGCCAUGAAUUCUUUCUCUGCAGCUUCGUCUCUCCAUCCCUCUCCCCUUCUUUCUGUCUCCAUAUCUCUCUCUGUAGCCCGGGGCUUGAAUUUGCAUGUCUAAUUCAUUUACUCACCAUAUUUGAAUUGGCCUGAACAGAUGUAAAUUUGGAAGGAUGGGAAAAACUGCAGUUAUCAACAAUGAUAAAUCAGCUGUACAGGCAGUGUCUCAAGGAGACUGGAGGAGGAGGAAUCAUGGAAAGCAAAAGGGCAAUGUGUUCGGAGCUUAAUUGUCACAUCAGAGCAUUAAUGUUCCCCAUUCAGCAACAUACAAUAUGGACGUUCCUACUUUAUGCAGCUGAAACGAAAUCCAGAAGACGAUUUAUUUUUAAUAUGUUGACUUUAUUUCUCAGCAAAACAUCAGGCCAUGCAUUUUUUUCCCCAUAGUCCCAUCAUGGAACCUUUUAUGUACACAUUGUAAAUAAAUUUUGUGCAAAAAGGACUGGAAACGAUAA